CCUGCUAUGCUCUUUGGCGGUCUGUGUGAUAAGUGCUGUUCUGUUGGACGCACGUGUGCGCGCCAAACAAGGCUCGAACAUUCGACUGGGGCGACUCCUUGAGGAAAACUGGUGGCUGUACGCCUCGGCCAUGUUCAUGGAGUCAUCUAUGCGCAUGCCCCAAGACUCGCCCGGACGGAUGAUUCUCGCCAGCUGGUGGCUGACCGUGGUAGUCUUAAUGAACGCCUUCACGGGACAUAUGAAAGCCACCAUGAUGGUUUUUCCGGAACCGGAACGCAUCGACAGUUUUAAAGAUCUAUCUCGGCGCACCAACAUUCGCCCUUUCCUUUGGAAAGGUGGAGCCUAUGAAAACCUGCUCAAGAAAUCCUUGGACGUCGAAGAGUACCGCAAGGUGUGGAACUUGAUCGUUACGCACGACGGCCUUCGAGAAGACAAGCACCUCUACGACGAAGAGAAUCUCCGAGAGGUUUUGCGGGGAAAAGCGGUGAUCGUGAGCGACUACACCACCACGCUGUACCAAGCCUCGCAAACCUGCCGCCGCCGUCUCGCAGCCGGCAGCUACUACUUUGCCAAGGAGCCCACAUUCUCGACCAAGCUAUCCAUGGCAGUAAGCAGGAGUGUGAAUCCGGCACUAAUGCAGCUCAUGAACGAAAGAGCCAACCGGUUGGUUGAAAGUGGAGUCAUCAAGGCGUGGAUGGAAACUCAGCUGGGUGACUGGCGGUCCUGCCUGUUGGCAAAGCGCGAGGAGACAUACAGCCCACUCUCGCUUUUCGAGGUCCAGUCCGCGUUCCUUGUGUUUCUUAUUUUCGCCAGCUUCUCCGUCGCCUUCUUCAUAGCCGAGAUCAUUGUAGGAGGUUCGAAGAAGGCUGCUCCGAAAAGACGUCGGAUGCCCAACGUAAUCCCCGUGACCUCAUCCUCCUCGGCAAUUAAUUAUCCUACGAGGAUCAGGGGAAUACAAAUGCGGGCUUCACAAACGAACGUAGCAAAAUGGAAACGUGCGCAUUAACCAUUCGAUGUAAAGCAAACCGUAUGAAGACGACAUGCAAAAAACGCGCACACUAAUUUGCCACCUUGCUUUACAAUAAUACUGGUGAAUUGGCCAGAAAUGUUUCGUACGCGACAGCAACCUUUAAUAGUAGGAAAGGAAAGCAACACGAAGUGGUAGUUGUGUGUCAGCUCCGCCUUUGAACAAUAAAUUACAGAGGAACUCAUCUCACGAUGACUGCCGAUGGCAAUGCGAUUGGCAUUCGAACAAUGUAGCGACACAACGUAUUGUCGAUGUCCCGUUUAUAUAAUAUCUGUAGUGGUCAUUCUGAGACUUUUGUUGCUUCGGCUUUAUGCGAC